AUGGACUGCAGUGAGAUGGAUUUGUAUGAGGACUACCAGUCCCCCUUUGAUUUUGAUACAGGUGUGAACAAAAGCUAUCUCUACCUGUCUCCUAGUGGAAAUCCAUCUCCACCCGGAUCACCUUCUCUUCAGAAAUUUGGUCUGCUGAGAACAGACACGGUCCCUGAGGAGGGGGAAGAUGCCGCUGCGACGAUGGGAGCCACAGAGACCCUGACCGAGGAGGAGCAGGAAGAGCUGAGGCGAGAACUCGCGAAGGUAGAAGAGGAAAUCCAGACUCUGUCUCAGGUGUUAGCAGCCAAAGAGAAGCAUCUAGCUGAGAUCAAGCGGAAACUUGGAAUCAAUUCCCUACAGGAACUAAAACAGAACAUUGCCAAAGGGUGGCAAGACGUGACAGCAACAUCCGCGUAUAAGAAGACUUCUGAAACCUUGUCUCAGGCUGGCCAGAAGGCAUCGGCUGCCUUUUCAUCUGUGGGCUCAGUCAUCACCAAAAAGCUGGAAGACGUAAAAUUGCAAGCCUUUUCACACUCCUUUAGUAUACGCUCCAUUCAACAUUCAAUUAGCAUGCCUGCUAUGAGAAACUCCCCAACGUUCAAAUCCUUUGAAGAAAAGGUUGAAAACUUGAAGUCUAAAGUAGGGGGAACCAAGCCUGCGGGUGGUGAUUUUGGAGAAGUCUUGAAUUCAACCGCAAAUGCCAGUGCCACCGCCACGGAGCCUCUUCCAGAGCAGACACAGGAGAGCCUGUGAGAUUCCUACCUUUGUCCUGCUACCCACUGCCAGAUGCUGCGAGACCCAAGCACAUCUUGUCAACAUUCAUCGCCAUGAAGUUCUACUAGAUGUGCUUUAUUUAGCUUUACAUAUUCCUUUGACCAAAUAGUUUGUGGGUUAAACAAAAGGAAGUAUCCUCACCUCUAUUCCCUGGAAACACCAUUUACUGUGCACUCAAGGCCCAUUAUUUAGAAAACACUGUUAUAAAAACACUGUAAUACCUGGGGACACUCACUAGAAAGAUCUAAGAACUUGCAGGUUUUAACAGUUGCUUUCCUACUUUACAAAAUUGUUCUGGAUCUGGGAUGUCAGUUUGCUUUUUGUAGUCUAGAUUUUCUUUUCUUCCUUGAAUCUCUGUAUUUGAUUUCUAACUAAAAUUACUUUUAAAAAUUGUUUUGAAUCGUAGAUAUUAAAAAUUUGGUACCAUUUUAUUUACCUCCAAGGGAAGAGUUACUAGCUACACACAAAUUUUUUUUUUUGAGUAAACACUGUUUUGGUAUAAGGUAUAUAUCUUGGGUAUCUUAAGACAUCAGACUCAAGCAAACAAGUCUAUAUCCAGUUUGUAAUAGUUUUGUAAGUGACAGUAUGUAGAGUAAUCCCAACUACUAGAUUGUGGAGCCCCCAAAUCUUGUUUACUGUUGUUGUGACAGUAACCAUUGCAGUGUGUCAGUUAUUAUGCCACUGUAUCAAUUUAUUUUUACCAGGUUAAAAUUUUAAUUUCUGGGCAAACCAACAAUACAUUCAGAAUCAAGCAUACUUGUGUUAUCAGCAGAUCAAAAUAUGAGCGUAUUCAUGAAUGUUCAGUUCAAAAGCCUCUAAGUGUUUUUGAUCUAAGUAGCUACAAAAAUGCUAAAAUCAAUCACAUCAGGAGAAACAUCAUUGUCUUCAUUUAAUCCAUUCAGCCCCAUUUUAAAUAAAGAAGCACACAGAGUUAUAUGACUAGUAUAACUUGAAAUUUUUUUACACAAGGGUUUGGUGUUAACUCUUGAGGAUGUAAUGCAUUAAUAAAAAUCAACUCAUUGUUUUACUUGUUUUCAGUGUGAUAGAAAUUGUAAAAUGAUGAUGUGGACACUUUCCCCUCUGGAAAGGAGUGUCAGGGCUGAAUGACUCAAAGUCUCUGGCUGAAUGCAUAUAGGCCAUGCCAUUCUAACUUACUCAUCACUCCCACCUUUCCCUUAUGCUGUAAAUGUUUUUGGCCUACAUGUUUGAUAUUUGUUAUUUAUCAAAUUGUGAUAAUUUUAUUAUUGUUUAUGCCAAAUGUUAAUUGCCAAGCUUAGAGUGACCUAAAGCAUUUCUUCAGAGCAUGACUGGAUUCUUGAGGAUAGAUUAUUUUACAAAAACCAAAUUUGAAAAGCCACAAGUGUUGGUUGUUAUGAAAUAAUAAUGCUGCCAUUUUUGAUUGCUAGAGCUUUUGUUAGCACAUUGGAUACAACUGAACUAUGCUCUAUUACAUGUGAAAAACUGAAUAAAUUCUGUAUAUCAGUAGUGUAGGUCUCAACAUUAUGAGACCAGUGGUCUGGAAACAGCUAGAUAUAUUAAAGAUCAACUGAUGUUUGUGCUUUAAAAACAAAGCAAUUUUUUUUUACCAUCUACUUUAAAUCACUGCUUAAUGGUACCAGACAAAUAUAUUCUAAAUAAUUUCCUUCUUGGGGUUUUAAGGCAAAAGUUGUUGAAACACUGUCCCAGAGGAGUGGAAGUGUGGAAAUUUGUCUUUUCAUAGAAAUUUUGUGUUAUUCAACCUAACUGUUAAAUUAUUUUUUCUUCCAACUUACUGGUCUUUUAUUUUUUUAUUCCAACCUUUUUCUUUUCAUCACAUUGUUUCUUGGGUGUUCUGUCUUGUUACUGUGUUUUCAACAAGACAAAACAAAGUUAAGAUGGAAAUUUCUUGAGUUGAGUGAAAUGUCAAAUCUUUUUUAUUGUCUAUAUGGGGGAAAAAUGCUAUAUUUGGGGGCAGGAAGUGGGAUGGGAGUUAGUAGAUGGGUAUUAGGGACAGUUGUGAAACUGGAAAAUAACUUUUGUAGACACUCAUCUACUUUAAACAACCUAACAAUCUAUGCAAAGCACUCUGCCUUUUAAAUAAAAUAGUAAAAACAAUGACAAAGAAUUGAGGAAAAUAAAUAUAUGGAUUAAAAAAUUAUUCAAAAUGGACUUUGAGGCAGAAUCAAUAUUAUGAAUUCACAGAUAUUUAAGAAAUUUGAAGCAUAGUAAUUAGGAAUAUCAGAAAGAGGUUCCGGUUACUCCAUUGUGUUUGUGUUUGAUAUUAUAAAACAGCAGGAGAAUAAAUCUCAGAUAUUUAAGGACUCAAGAGUGUAAGAGAAGAAAAUAUCCCUGAAAAAUUUCAUUUUUUUAAAAACGGAAUGUCCUUAAUUUAUGGAGUUUGUGAGAAAUAAAGCAAAAGUUCUGAUGGUUAUAAGGCCAAAGUAAUCAAUGGAAGAAACUCAUUAAUUGGACUAUCAUUUUAGCAACUCAGAGUAACUACUGAAAUAGAGAAAACACAUUUCAUUUAGACUGUUUCUGGACCUGUUAAUCAAGAGACACAUUAUUUUCUGUAAAGUAUUUGGAAACAAUAAAAAUUCUAUCAUUUGGGUAUGGAUUCUUUUGUAUGUAUUACCUGUCUGCUGAGGAAAGGGGUGAGUCCAUUCUGCAAGUUCUUCCAAAUUUUUCAUUUCCUGGAGGUAUAAAUAACCAUAAGCAGCUGUAUUAAAUCUUAUUAUCAAGCAAAACUGAGAAAUGCUGCAUGUGGCUACCAAAAAGCACUUAUUAAAUGACUAUUUGCUCUGCAUGUGCCAGAAGAGAUGCAGCAUAGAAGACAGUUUUUCAGAAUCAUGUGUUUCUUUAUAGCUCUUAAAACCCAGAUAAAAAUUCAUAUUUUUUUUUUACAGAAACUUUAUUCAGUUCAUUCAAAAAACACUGACAAAAUAAAUUUUAGUUGUAAGUUUACAUGUACCAAUAGUAAAAAUAGUAUUUCUAACAAUGGCUUACAAAUUAAUGGAAAAGUACAAUUUUGCAAGAGUAUAAACAUUUUACGCACUAGUCUGACCUUUCUUUUAGGCAGAGUGCUCUUUUGAUGACAGAUAAAUUAACUAAUACUAUUGUGAACUAUUUAAGAUGAUACAAAAGUUUUUUUUCCCUUGUAAACAAGUUUAUAAUUUGUAAUCUUUAUUUUUAUUAAUUUCAUUAUCUCACACCCGCCACCCAGAGGAUCUGAAGGUGUGAUGGUAGCAGGAUUGGUAUGAAUGCUAAUGACAGUAAGGGGAAGGAAGUGGCUGGUAGAGUGGGUGGUGGAUGUGGGUGUGAAAAUUCAGACUUACCAUACUGAAGGGCCAGUUGGCUAUUGAUUUGUCCUUAUUUUUAGUAACUAUCUCAUUCUGAUUAUAGAGAUCACAUGUGGGUCACAGCUAAUAUGAAACAUCACUUUUAAGUAACUCUGCAAAUCUUAGAUCUCAUAAUUUCCAUGUUCUGACUCAGAAAUCAAAAUAAACCAAAAGGCGUAUUCCUCUUAGUUUGUAAGCCCUCCAAGGGCAGGGGCUGCAUGUGCCUAUCACCUGCCAGAAUUUCAUACUUAAAUAAACGCUAUUUGGAACUAAAAUUCUUGCCACCCCCUUGUAUGUAAUUUUGAUGUUAACAUACUGAGGGUGGAUGGUAAUAUAAUGAAUUUGAUGGGUAUUCCAAUCA